AUGUCCUCCUCAUCCAGCUCUGCUCAAUCUGCCUUUGCCGUGAUGAUGAAGCGCGUCCGUGAAGGUCAGGAGCCUUUGGAAGGCUCUAAGCGCGCUAGGCCUGCUGGUAACCCGAGUGGCGAGGUACCCGCCGAUAUUGCUGAGUCCAAGUCCGGUGAGCCCUUGCAACCUAAGGCCGGCUUUUUACCGAACGCACAAGGGCGUCCAUUCCAAGCUGACUGGUAUGUUGGUAAUCCUUGGCUCGAGUGGAGCAGAUCUACCGAUAAGGCAUACUGCUUCGCCUGCCGUUUCUUUUACCCACCAGCAGCUGCCGGUUUCGGUCCGCCAAAUGGCUCGUUCGUGUCCUCUGGCUUCAGUAACUUCAAGAAGGGCGUUGAAAAACUGAACGCUCAUAAGGCUAGCGCCGGUCACAAGGAGGCGAUGGUGAGGUGGGCAACGUGGAAGGCUGCUGCAGAGAAAGAACAAUCGGUCUCGGCUCUUCUUGCCAAACACGACGAGAGUACCUUAUUGGAGAAUCGUAUGUACAUCAAGACCGUUUGCAAGGCCUUGUUGUUCUGCUCCUUCCAGAAUGUAGCUUUUCGAGGUCACUCUGAGGAAGCUACCUCUGUUAAUCAGGGUAACUUUCGGGAGCUCAUGAAACUGAUAAGUUCCUUUGAUAAGGUGACAUCGUCCAGGCUAGCCGAGGGCCCAAGGAAUGCGGUGUAUACGAGCCCACAAAUCCAGAACGGUCUCGUGAAGACUAUGGCUGACAUGAUCGUCAAAGAUAUUGUGGACGAGAUCGGUGAUCAGCCCUAUUGUAUCUUGGGUGACGAGACCAGGGACGAAGCCGGUACGGAGCAACUGGCACUAUGCGUACGCUACUGUAGGCCUCAAAAGGUGGGGGAGCCAUUCUUGGUCGAAGAGUCGUUCCUGGGAUUCGUCGGCUUGGAAGAUCUAGACUCGAAUGGGAUUGCGAGUGCGAUGAUAGAGAGAUUAGAUGUUAUUGGUAUGGACACAUCUCGCUGUACCUCUCAAGGUUACGAUGGGGCAUCGGUGAUGUCUGGAAACAGGAAAGGGGUCCAUAAGGUGUUCCAACAGAAAGCUGGCUGCACAGCGCCGUACCUCCAUUGUUCAAACCAUAGGCUAAACCUGUGUAUUCAAAAAUCGGUCAAGGAUGUGGAGAAAGUGGCUUCUUUUUUCUACACCAUGGCUGAUUUUGAUCGGUUUUUCAAGAUCUCUGUCGUCCACAGUGAAUUUGAGAGACAACAGAAGAAGGCCUAUGGUGAUGGUACUCGACUCCGCACUCUAAAGCGGAUCGUCGAUACGAGGUGGAGCUGUCAGGCGGAAGCUUGUGACGCUUUCGUUGCUACGCUUGACGCCAUCGUUCUGACACUGGAUGAGGUCGCAUCGUCGCAUCCACCAAAACGAGCCGGAGAAGCAGAGGGUCUUGUGUGCAGAAUCGACCAGGUCUUUGUCGUUACUCUGUACACUAUGCAUGGUGUUCUUGGAAUGACUGAUAAGGCUUCCAAGCUCCUCCAGGAUCCAUCUUCUGACCUCAGUGGAACGCGACUGCUUAUUGAGGAGCUCAAAAGUUCUAUUCAAUGUUGCAUAGACGACACUGAGUUAGAUGGUACUCUCUGGCAAAGGAUCUGGUCAGAUGCCAUGGCGGUCGUAGAGAAGCACGAGCUGGACCAAUCGCGUCGCUUUGGCAAGAAAAGGUUGUCACGCCGCUCAGCAGAAUCCGAGCUGAGUCCUGUAGAAGACGCAUGCGAGCAUCUUUUCCUACCUUUCAUGAAAAGCAUCCUCAACGAGCUGAAUGAAAGGUUCAAUUUCGACACUUAUAUUGUGUAUGAUGGGGUCUGCUGUUUUAACCCCGCUCACUGCCUCUUUUUGGAUCCAGUUAAAACGGUGGAGUUCGGCAAACUCUACGGCUGUAACCUUGAUGAGUUGGCUGGCGAGAUUGUGGUUGCCGCUCGUGCUGUUGAGAGACGCCAAAAUGAGCUCAAGGAUGACGGUUGUGUCGGACUAGCUACAGUCCUUGAUGUGGUCUCGUUUCUGCAUGGUCUCAAGCUCGCAUGGCCGACCCUUAUGUUUCUGGGCCACGUCGCGCUAUGCUUACCUACCAGUACAGCUUCCUGUGAGCGGUCCUUUUCCGUUCUCAAAUUGGUGAAAACCCAUUUGAGAACUACUAUGGCAGAUGAGAGGCUAAGUUCUCUUGGAGUUCUGUCCAUCAACAGAGCGCGCGCUAAGGCUCUCGAUUUGGAUCGAGUUCUCCGCGACUUUGCUCGCGAAGAUCGCGCUAUUAGACUUUUUUGA